GCCAGUGGACGCGGCGCGAGGCUCACCGGCACAGGUCCCGGUACACACACCCCGAGCGCGUGAGAACGCCAGACAGAGAGCGCGAGCUCAGCGGAGUGCGGGAGUGAGUGUGAUGCGGUAAUAAUAAAGCGGAACCUGGAGAUAGUGCACCUACCUGUUUAAAGGUAGGAAAAGGAAGAAGACCCUCACUCCUCCUCCUCACACCUGUGGAGAAAACUACUACUGCUGCCACUGCUCACCUGAGACAGAGACCUGAGACAGAGACCGGACUACUGUGAACGAGAGACAGCUACUCAGCCUGUUCUGAACGCGGAUAGACAAGCAGACAGACACACAGACGGAUAGACAGACAGACAGUGGCGGCAGUGGCGGGAUGGAGAGCGCGCACACUAAGAGUGUGGAGGAAGUUUACAGCUUUUUCGGCGUGAACGAGAGCACGGGACUGGGGCUCGAGCAGGUUAAACGGCAGCGUGAGAAAUGGGGACCGAACGAAUUACCAGCUGAAGAAGGAAAAUCUAUAUGGGAGCUGGUUAUUGAGCAGUUUGAGGAUUUACUCGUGCGCAUUCUUCUACUGGCAGCUUGUAUAUCAUUUGUUUUAGCCUGGUUUGAAGAGGGAGAAGAGACCAUCACAGCCUUUGUGGAGCCUUUCGUAAUCCUGCUUAUUCUUAUAGCCAAUGCCAUCGUAGGGGUGUGGCAGGAGCGUAAUGCUGAGAAUGCCAUCGAGGCUCUGAAGGAAUACGAGCCUGAGAUGGGGAAGGUGUACCGGCAGGAUAGGAAAACCGUGCAGAGGAUCAAAGCCAAAGACAUUGUGCCUGGAGACAUUGUGGAGGUGGCUGUGGGAGACAAAGUCCCUGCAGAUAUCCGCAUUUGUUCCAUCAAGUCCACAACACUGAGAGUGGACCAGUCCAUCCUCACGGGUGAGUCUGUCUCGGUGAUUAAACACACCGACCCCGUCCCCGACCCCCGCGCCGUCAAUCAGGACAAGAAGAACAUGCUGUUCUCAGGAACCAACAUCGCAGCUGGUAAGGCGGUGGGCGUGGUGGUGGCCACGGGCGUGAACACGGAGAUCGGUAAGAUCCGAGAUGAGAUGGCGUCCACCGAGCAGGAGAGGACCCCCCUGCAGCAGAAGCUGGACGAGUUCGGGGAGCAGCUCUCUAAGGUCAUCUCUCUCAUCUGCAUCGCCGUGUGGAUCAUCAACAUCGGCCACUUCAACGACCCGGUGCACGGCGGCUCCUGGAUCCGGGGGGCUGUGUAUUACUUUAAGAUUGCCGUGGCUCUGGCUGUAGCCGCCAUUCCUGAGGGGCUUCCCGCCGUCAUCACCACCUGCCUGGCCCUGGGUACUCGCCGCAUGGCCAAGAAGAACGCCAUCGUUCGCUCCCUGCCCUCGGUGGAGACGCUGGGCUGCACCUCCGUCAUCUGCUCCGACAAGACCGGAACCCUCACCACCAAUCAGAUGUCCGUGUGCAGAAUGUUUAUUUUGGAGAAAGCGGAGGGUGAGAGCUGCUCUCUGACUGAGUUCACCAUCUCCGGAUCCACAUACGCACCUGAAGGAGACGUGUACCUGGAUAACCGUCCGGUGAAGUGCUCUGGAUAUGAUGCUCUGGUGGAGUUGGCCACCAUCUGUUCUCUGUGUAACGACUCCUCUCUGGACUAUAACGAGUCUAAAGGUGUGUAUGAGAAGGUGGGCGAGGCGACGGAGACGGCUCUGACCUGUCUGGUGGAGAAGAUGAACGUGUUUGAUACGGAUGUCCGGAGUCUUUCCAGGAUUGAGAGAGCCAACGCCUGUAACUCUGUGAUCAAGCAGCUGAUGAAGAAGGAGUUCACCCUGGAGUUCUCGCGGGACAGGAAGUCCAUGUCCGUGUACUGCAGCCCCAGCAAGAGCAAGUCCUCUUCCUGCAAGAUGUUUGUGAAGGGAGCUCCAGAGGGAGUGAUUGACAGGUGUACAUACGUACGUGUGGGUGGCACUCGGGUGCCCAUGUCCAGCGGCAUUAAGGAGAAGAUCAUGGCUGUUAUCAGGGAUUACGGGACAGGACGGGACACCCUGCGAUGUCUCGCUCUCGCCACUCGCGACAGCCCACUCAAAAAAGAGGAAAUGGUUCUUAGCGACACCGCGCGCUUCCAGGAUUAUGAGUCUGACCUGACCUUCGUGGGCUGCGUGGGCAUGUUGGACCCGCCCAGGACCGAAGUGGCCGCCUCCAUCAAGCUGUGUCGGCAGGCGGGUAUCCGGGUCAUCAUGAUCACGGGGGAUAAUAAGGGUACGGCCGUGGCGAUCUGCAGACGCAUCGGUAUCUUCUCCGAGGAGGACGACGUCCACCGCAUGGCCUUCACCGGCCGCGAGUUCGACGACCUCUCCCCCCACAGCCAGCGCGAGGCCGUCACCAACGCCCGCUGCUUCGCGCGAGUCGAGCCCUCGCACAAGUCCAAGAUCGUGGAGUUUCUGCAGGGCUUUGAUGAGAUCACUGCCAUGACGGGGGAUGGGGUGAACGAUGCCCCUGCCCUGAAAAAGGCAGAAAUUGGCAUCGCCAUGGGCUCUGGCACUGCUGUGGCCAAGACAGCCUCGGAAAUGGUCCUCGCUGACGACAACUUUUCCUCCAUCGUGGCCGCUGUAGAGGAAGGACGCGCCAUUUACAACAACAUGAAGCAGUUCAUCCGCUACCUCAUCUCCUCCAACGUGGGAGAGGUCGUCUGCAUCUUCCUGACGGCAGCACUGGGUUUUCCUGAAGCUCUGAUCCCGGUUCAGCUGCUGUGGGUUAACCUCGUGACGGACGGUCUGCCCGCCACCGCCCUGGGCUUCAACCCCCCCGACCUGGAUAUCAUGAAUAAACCCCCCCGCAAUGCCAAGGAGCCCCUCAUCUCCGGAUGGCUGUUUUUCCGAUACCUGGCCAUUGGCUGCUACGUGGGAGCUGCUACAGUGGGCGCUGCAGCCUGGUGGUUCACUGUGGCUGAUGACGGACCUCAGAUCACCCUCUACCAGCUGAGUCACUUCCUGCAGUGUUCUCCUGAUAAUCCUGACUUUCAGGAUCUGGAGUGUCACGUGUUCGAGUCCCCGUACCCCAUGACCAUGGCCCUGUCUGUACUCGUCACCAUCGAGAUGUGCAAUGCUCUUAACAGCCUGUCUGAGAACCAGUCUCUGCUGAGGAUGCCCCCGUGGGAGAACGUCUGGCUGCUGGGAGCGAUCUGCCUCUCCAUGUCGCUGCACUUCCUCAUCCUGUACGUGGAGCCGCUGCCGGUCAUCUUCCAGAUCACUCCUCUGAACGUCACUCAGUGGCUGAUGGUGCUGAAGAUCUCUCUUCCCGUCAUCCUGCUGGACGAGCUGCUGAAGUUCGUGGCGAGAAACUACCUGGAGCCGGCUCGGGCGAUUUGAGCCUGGCUCUCAGAAACUCUUUGCGGAAGCUGUAAAAGGUUUUAAUAGAUUAUAGAAAGUGUGAUUUGAGCAGUACCACAUCAUCCAAGACCUGCAUGCCAUGAACUGUGCUACAGAGAAAAAUCAAAUAAAAAUCAAAAUAAAAGUACAGGUGUAUAAAUAAUUAGCUUAGAAAAGGUACUGGAAAAAAAACAGGUUUGUUAAUUUGGAGUGAGUGGUAAAGACUGUUCGUUUUUUAAGUUUUUAAAAGAGACUUUAAUUGAUUAAUAGAAUUAAGUUAAAAUCUGAAGGGAAAUGAGGAGCUCUUCAUGGUGCAUGCCCCUUAAGAUACUCAGACAUUUUGUUCUGGGAAGAUUAUAAGCUUUUUUGUAUAGCACAGCAACACUUAAUUUAUAUAUAGAUAUAUAUAUAUAUAAUAGAGAUUUUAUAUAUAGAGAUAAAGAUGGCAGAUGGCAUUAGUGUUUACCAGGCACCAUUUUUUUUGUCUAUUUUUUGUCAGAAGACGUUUUUAGAGAUAUAAUACUAGAAUUUCCCUCGGAAACCAAUAAAUAUGUAUUUCUCUUUUUUAAUCAGCCGAUUCUGAGCGUUAUCUCUCGGCACAGUGGGAAGAUGUGCGUCCAGUUUUAGAGCAGAUCAGAGUUUCAGCUGAGAGGAGUUUCAGUGAUGAGCGAUGGCGAGACACUGUCCAAUCAGUGUUGAGUAUUGUAAUUAUCACAAUGACUUACGGUCAAUAAAGGGACAAUAAAAGAG